AUGGCUUCCAGGUUUGGUGAGAGAAAGGUUGGAAAACACCAGGACUACUCAGAAUACUUUCUGCAUAGGGACCCCAGCCCCAACCCUCUGACUGAGCUCUCUCACAGUGCCUCCUGGUGGGCUGACAGGGAGGAGCACAAACCCCAAGGACACUCGCUCAGGAAGCAGAUAAAAGAAAGCGAUGAACAUGUGGCCCGGCUUCAGGACCUGCUGCGAUGUGAGCGGACCAAAUGCACCCGCCUGCAGCUGCGGUGUAACCAGCAAGAUGCAGAGCUGAAGCGUCGAGAGCAGCUCAGCAACAGAUUGAAGGAGCGACUGUCACAGCAGAUUGACAGACACCGAGAGAAGGGACCCUCCAUCGAGGUGCUGAACCUUCCACCUGGAGCUCGAGGAAAAAGAGAACAGCCAGUCAAAUCUUUCAGGCCCAGUGCAAAGCGAGAGGAGGCAACACUACGUGUGAUGUUGGAGCGCAGAGAAGCAGAGCUCAGAGAGGCGAUGAAGCUGCGCUACAACCUCACCACUUUACUUCAUGCACUCAGAGUCGACAUGGAGCGGGUGAGGAAAGAAUGAAGAGCCUUUUCCUGUGCCUACUCUGUGGAUGUUGAGGAUGAGGCCCAAAAUGAAGACAUGAGGCUGGAUGAAGCCGAGGUGGCGCUUGGUGACCAUGUGACGGGAGGUGUGGUUCAGGGUUGGAAACUGGUGCAGAGGAGACUGUGCGAGGUCUUAUCUGAAGGCCACACUGGUGGUGGUACGGACCAUGACAAGCUCCUGGCUCAACUAGAAACCGAACUGAAGGCGAGUCAACAACUUGUCAAACUACAACAACAACUGCUGCAGGAUAGUCUCAUGUCACCUGUCCCCUCUGAGCUGGCUGACUCCUAUUUUUUGGAAGAGUGGGAGCGCCUUCAGGUGCGCUGGGCAGAGCUCGAUCAUCAGAGGCGAACUUUUGAAAGGGAGAGGCAGACCUUCACUGAUGCUGCAAUACGAUUGAGCCAUGAGCGUCAUGAUUUUGAGCAACAGAAGGCUUUUCUCCUGAAGCAGCAGUAUUUAUGUGACUCGCCUCAGUUUGGUCAAGAAGCACAAAGCAGCAACAGAGAGAGCAUUGCCCUCAAUGUCUCAGGUUUGGUGCACAACAGCAUCUCUGGCUGUGUUCCUAUUACGCCAUCGUCCACCAAGUCGGGGGCCACUUCUGUUUCAGGAUUACAUCAGGGAAGAAUCAGAGUUCAAACCCCCAGCACUCCUGAGCUCUACUCUGCCCUCAACCUGUCAUACAACUGUCGAGCCAGAGAUGAUCACCAGUCGGAGACAUGGUAUGGCAGGGCAGACAGGAUGGUGCACCGAACUCAGUCUCCAGACUUGGACUGGUCAUUUUGA